GUUGCCCAUCUCUAGCAUAUUUGACAGUCGCCCCAAUUAUUGAUGAAAUAUAUUGAAUAAUUGACUGUAAAACUAACUAAAAGUAAAUACACAUUGCUAUGGCGGACGAUUUGCAGAACUACAAAUUGCAGCUGCAGCAGGUAGAAGCUGCCUUACAAACAGAUCCAGACAAUGAGGAGCUGCUAAAAUUGAAAAUUGAUUUGGACGAGGUCAUUAAGCUGACGCGCGAUCUGAUCAAGGCACAGUUGGAAGAGCAACGAAAAUCCUCUUAUGUGGAGCCAUCCUCAUCUAAAACAGCCACAUCAAAUUACUAUGACGACAUUGAAGCUGCCCUCUUGGAGGCCGAGAAGCUGGUGUCGUCCGUCAAAACAUGGAAAAUUGGUGAGAAAUGCCAAGCCAAAUGGACCGAAGAUGGUCAAUACUAUGAUGCCACCAUUGAGGGCAUAACAGCCGAAGGAGAAGUCAGUGUAAUAUUCGAUGCAUAUCAAAAUCGUUCCACAACGAAUUUGAAAGAGUUACGCGAACGGACAACGCGCAACGAAGUCUUUCCCUCCAACAAACGACAUAGGCCGAAUCAAAAAGAAUAUUUGAAAAAGCGCAAACAGAAAAAACAACAACGAUUUAAAGAUUUGGAAGAAGAGCGCGAGUCGGAUAAAAACAAAUGGCUUAACUUCACCACUAAGAAUCAAAAGAAACCUGGCAUGAAAGUGAAAAGUAUAUUUGCAUCGCCGGACAAUGUAAGUGGUAGAGUGGGUAUCGGCACAUGCGGAACAUCCGGAAAGGGUAUGACUGAUUUCACGGUUGGUGAAAAAUAUCGUAAGGGUCUUUAACAUAAUUUAAGAAGCAACAACAAAAUGCGAUUAUAAUGCACAUUGUUGUAAAUUUAGUUACAUAUUCUAAAAACAAAACAAAUUUAAUAAAUGUAAUCUGUCAACUUUA